GGACACUGGAUUGUAUUAUGAUGUCUAUCUCAGGCAAGUGAUAGAGGUUUUGGAGACAGACAAACAUUUCAGAGAGAAACUCCAAACAGCAGACAUAGAAGAAAUAAAGGUAAGUAUAGUAAUUAGCAAAUUUUCACCACAGUUCUGUUUUUUGUUUGGGUUACUUUUAGAUUCUGGCGUAGACCAUCAAGCUCUUCUCAAACAGUUUGGGCAUCUGAACCAUCACAACCCUCACACUUUUGAAGUUAAAGAUUUAGACAUGCUAAUCAAAACUGCUACACAUGACUUAGAAAACUAUGACAAUGACCGCCAUGAGGAGUUUAAAAAGUAUGAGAUGAUGAAAGAACAUGAAAGGAGAGAAUAUUUAAAAACACUGGAUGAAGAAAAGAGACACCAAGAAGAAGCAAAAUAUGAGGACCUGAAAAAAAAGCACAAUGAUCACCCCAAAGUUAACCAUCCUGUAAGUUCGCUGUUUUUACCCACACU